GCUCAGGCUGGCUUCCAACAGUGGGGAGAGUCCUGCUGGCUGCUUCCCAGCAGCCCACGAGCAGAGCUGCUCAGCAACUGGGAAGUGCUAGCCUGCCUCUGACCAUGGAGGUUCUCUCUGUGAGGGCUAGUAGGCAGACCUCGAGGUGGGCGAAGAAGAACUGAGUGGCCGGGCGGGGGCGGGGGGCGCGGUCCCUCUGGCCCAGUCGCCUGUCCCCGCGGACGGGAAGCCCACAAGCAGGCGCCAUCACCCACCCUCGCACGGGAAGGGCCCCUGAGGCUCUGCAGUGGGCGGCGGGGGGCGCUUGGAGAGGCUUGGCCAUCGCAGUGCGCUGCUUCUCCUUCUUCUUCGCCGCCGCCGCCUCCUCCUCGGGGAGGGGAUCGCAAGGGGUGCCGCGCGCAGAGCUUUGGGAGGGCCGCGGGGCAGAGCCUGCGCGCUCCGGGUCCCAAGGCCGCGGGGGCUGAGCGGAGCUUCUCGCCUCCACCCACCCCCCGCAAGCCUGUGGGUGUGGCUUCGCUUCCCUGGCAGCCGAUUGGCUGGCUGGGAUUUGGGGCCUGCAGGUGUCGGCGAGGCUUCUGCAUCCGCUCUCGGGUGCUUUAGGCGCGUCUGGGAGGGCGGAAUCGGGGGGGGGGGUCCUGGGGCCUCUGCGGCUGGGGGUCCCAGCCGGUGCUGGGGAGUCUUCUUUGCCGAGGGGCGCUGUUGAGAGGAUGCGCCGCGCUGCCUCUGCGCCUGCCCAGGCGUCCUCCCAGCCCACGCCCAGGAGGCUGCUCCAGGCAUCAUGAAGAAGCAGUCCUCCGGGAACGGGAGCCGGGCUCCGGAGCCAGCAGCCCCCCAGCAGAGGGGCAGGGUCAUUGCCAAGCUGGCGGAGUACGUGGGCUCCUUCGCUGUGGAGAGCACAGAACUCCAGCAAAAGGCCCACCUGGUCCAAGAGCAGCUUCAGGCCCUGAAGGACUGCCCCAGACGGCGGCCCGUCGUCCUGAAGUUCUGCCUGCAAGGCCUGAAGAUGUACAGCGUGGAGGGGGAGGCGCUGCUCAUGGCUCACGCCCUCCGGCGCAUCCUCUUCAGCACCUGGAGACCCACCGCCUGCCAGUUCGCCUUCGUGGCCCGCAACCCCCGCAGCCCCCCGAGUCGCCUCUUCUGCCACUUGUUCGUGGGCAGCCAGCCCAGCGAGGCCCAGGCGCUGCACUUGCUGCUGUGCCGCUCCUUCCAGCUCUGUUACCUCCUGAUGCACCCCGAGGAGCAGGACUGGCCCCCGAGCGGCUCCGCCCAGCGGGAGUCGGGGAGGCUGCCGGGAGCCUCCCCAGAGAGCCGGCUGGUCUGGGAGUCCCUCAGCCCGGAGGAGGUUUCCCAGAACGUCAACGCCCUGGUCUCCUUCCGGAGGCUGCCGUGCCCUGCGGACUUCGGUCCCUCCUUCAGCGUGAGAGAGAGGCUGGAUCUGGAGGAGAGAAGCAGUCUGAGCAACCCGCGUCCCGGCAAUCCGUACUGCUCCCCGAUUCUGGUGCGCAAGAAAGCCAUCCGCAGCAAGAUCCUCCGCUCCGGGGCCUAUCGGGGCUGCACCUUCGAGGGACAGUUGCUGCAGGGGGCCCGGGACCUGUUUCACACCAGCUGCGACAGCAAAGGGAGCAGAGGCAGCCUGGCCUACCUGUCGGAAAACGACGGCAGCCUGAUGGAGAAUGUGUGGUCUUUUGCGGGCAUCGACAGGGAUGCUGCGAUGGGGUUGCUCAGGAAGGAUGUCCUGGGCGCCUUCCUCCUCUGGGCAGAACCAAGCGCCGCCAGCCAGUGGUGUCUGACCGUGAGGACGCGCUGCGGAGUCAUCCCUUACCAGAUCUACAGGAGCCAGCUUGGGAAGUUCUCUGUGGAGCAUUUGAAUGUAGAGUUCCCCAGCAUGGAAGCCCUGUUGGAUCAUUACUCCGGGAGUCAAGGGGGCCUCUUUUGCUCCUUGGCUGCAGACCGGGUGAACCACUGUUAUGAGGAACAGGACGGCAUGCCAGAGAACGGCUGGAGAGAAGAGCGGAGUCGCCGGCAGGCCUCCUGGCUGUAUGGUGCCAGCAAAUCCUUGGCAGUCCAGCCAGAGCUUUGCUAAUGCUCGAGGUCACUUUCCUGCCCCCCACAUCUUAAUUGUGCUAGCUCUUUCCUGGUGCCGCAAAGAUGCGUUGUGUUUCCUCUCUUUAGCUAACCUUGUUGCUCUGGCGUGGUAAAGAUCGUGGGUGCAGGCCACUUCCCUAGCGCCUUGGCGAAACAGAAACAUCCACAAAUGUGUUUCUAGCCAAAGGCUUCCAUUGUGUCCGCACCUCUGGACUGGCCAGCCCUUCUCCAUCGUCCUCGUAAUGCAGGGAAAUAUUUCGUGUUUAACCUCAUCGCGGCUUCUCCGUCUCUUUGUAACCCCAUUUGUGGCUGCAAAGGGUGGCUUGUCGGGUGAACAUGAUUUCCCAAGAGCAUUGCCAGGCUUCGGUAAGUGUCUCUCCGCCUUCCGUGCAGUCUUGCUCCGAUUCACGGCUAGCAUUUUAGAUUUUCACAUCCGAGGGCAGCAGGGGAGGUUGCACGUCACGCAGGCGGUGCUCCGCUGCCGCCCCAAACGCUCUCGCUCUGCAGAUUCGUGUGUCUCUUUUGCAGCCGGCGGACCAGACUCCGUCCCUGCUUCGCUGCUGCUGGUGGCCUCCGUCUUCCUUUUUUCCUUAUGAGUGCCUGCAGUCUAACUUUAUUGAGAGAAAUCUAAGUAAUAUGUAUGUGAGCAUGCAUAUAUCAACAUAUACAUAGUAUACAUAUAUCGUGUAUAAAUGUUUAGAAUACAUAAUUUAUAUUUUAAAAAUGUUUAUAUUUAGAUGUCCUGCAAAUAUAUUUGUACUUGGAAAUCA